UGGCGGAACAUAGUGCGUAUGCAGACCUCAUCACCAAAUCACUGCUUACGACCACCGACCCUUCUCUAAUAUCCUCUAACUUAAUCAUGUACCCCUACGGCCAUUACGGUACACCAUCCUACCACCACAUGUACUCGCAUGGCCUCGGCUUCCGACGUGGUCCCAGCCGCCUCAUCUGGUUCUUCAUCGGAGCGGGCGUCGCCACCUGGUGGAUCAAGGCGAAGAACCGUGACGCCAACGGCGAGUCGCGCGGCUUUGGACACUGGAAUUGGCAGUCCGGACGCCCUGCUGUCCAUGCACCGCCAUCGCCCCCGCCUAUGCAGGCGGAGUACCACGUCGAGACUACUGCAUCUGCACCUCCGACAGCACCCGUCCAAGCGACACCGUCAUCUCAAGUCUCUCCAUGGGACAGAUGGGAGGAGGCACGCCAUUCGUGGCAUGCGCGCUGGCAACGAGAUGAGGAUAGAGAACAGUUCAACAAGAUGUCGAAGCAGGCCGCUGAUACCGUGGCAGACCUUACAGAGGCGACGCUUGAAUCUGUGUUGAGCACUGCAGAGGCCCUGAAAGUGGAACUCGCUGAACACCGCGCCCGACGCGAGCAGGACCAAAAGAUGCUCGAGCAGCGGAUGGCGGAACAGCGCAGAAGCCCUCCUCGCUUGGUUUGAG